AAAAAAAUGAUAGAAAUCUUCAGUUACACAGCUUACAGACAGUUAUCUCAGAUGUUCCUUGCAAUACUCUUCUUUCACAGUUCUGAAUACAUUUUAGCAGUUGCCAUGCAUGGGAGAUCAAACAUCACCCUUAAGUCUCUUCUGAUCAGCAAAGCCUACCUUUUGGCAAUGUUAUUUUCAUUGCUGGAGUACUUAAUUGAAAUUGUAUUAUUUCCUGGGUUGAAAGAACACUGGUGGCUAAGCAACUUGGGCCUGGCAAUAGUUAUAAUUGGCGAAGUGAUACGGAAAGCAGCAAUCAUUACAGCUGGUCAGGCAUUCACACAUCUUAUCAAGGUUUAUCAUGAAGAGCAUCACAAACUGAUUACUCAUGGAAUCUAUAGGUUUAUACGACAUCCUGGAUACUGUGGAUUCUUCAUCUGGUUUGUUGGUACUCAGAUAAUGCUUUGUAAUCCCAUAUCAACAAUUGCAUUUGCAAUUGUUGUUUGGCGCUUCUUUGCGCAAAGAAUUCCAUAUGAAGAAUAUUUCUUGAGGCAAUUCUUUGGGUCCCAGUAUGUGGAAUAUGCCCAAGGAGUUUCUUCUGGGGUGCCUUUUGUGAACUGA